UUGACUUUAAAACAUAAGCUCUUAGUUCUCACAACAGAAAUUGAGCCAAAGCUAGCUUAUGUUUUCAUGCUUGCAUUUGGCGGAAGUCAUGAGAAAUGAGGACAUUUAUUUCCGGAGGAAGGAGGAGAAUCUGAAUUAACUUUGAAUUUACCUGGUGGCCCUGCAUAGUGCCUUAGGCAUACUAUUACUCAGUGCAUUUUUAGUAAUCCAAUAUCUAAUGAGUCAGAGAUCUAUAUCUACAAAGAAAGCUUAUCUUCAUCCAUCUGUCAGGUAGGAACUGUCAGAAGGCCUGUGUUUGUGGGACUGCUCUAUAUUCCAGAACCUUUGCUCAGAAAGAACUAUUAAUAUAUCACUGAGUAAGGAACUAGCUUGUGUUCAUACAACACCUCUCGUUUCCUGGAUGGGGCAUCCUGGUAAAAUCAGACCGUAGUAGCUGCCCUGGGCAUAUGCUUCCCGUUCUUCUUCUCCCAGGAUUCUCAGUUGGCCCUGUGGCUUGUUUCUGUAUGUGGCAGGCAUCCCUGGGUCUUAGGGCAAGCAAAGAUUCUAGUUAUGACAUUUUGAUCAGCUGCAGUCUGGUGCAACCAAGACAGGGCAGCAACAGGAGCAAAAAUGAUGAAAGUUUAUUGCCUCUGCUGACGGGAGUCUGGGAUAACCCUAGAGCAUUAGGAAAGGCGUUACCAGCAGAAGGGGACUCCUGAGUUAAUGAUUAUAGUGAAAGCAGAAGUAAGGACAAAAACAAGAGCCUGUGGGAGGAACAACAGGAGGACUUCGAUGAAGUUGAAAAGGAGGUGGAGAGAGAAUUCUGAAUCGCCAAGUUCAGAGGAAGACGCUCUUGUUCUGUCUGUGCAAAACUAAUAGUUUGGCACCACUGACAGUGAUAACAGAAGGAUUCUCACAGUUCUUUUCAUUUGAGUGAAGAAUUGAGAAGGCAAGUCUGUGGUCCAUGUACACAUUUCCAGAGAAAGUUAGCAACCAGACACUAACAACACUGGGAAGGCUACCCACAAGUGUUGUGCUCCACCGAGAAAAAAAACAAGAAGUUGCUGUUCUACUCGGGAUUAACCAAGAAGCCAUGAAAUCCCUUCCUGCGGGGAACUUAGAAGAUUGCCUGCUGAGUAAGGUGGACUCGAGGCGCCAGCGGAUCUCCCAGACUGUGGAGGAGGUGCAGAAGGUCAUUCAUCAGUUGACCACAGAAAUCAGCCACCAAGACAUUAGAUUUCAAGCCGUGCCACACUUUGACACAUACAACAGGAACAUUAAGGUUUUGGCCCCCGGUCAGUUCCUCGUCACAGUCCCAAUAAAAGGCCUGGCUGGGUACAGGGAGGCCAGCGAGCAGCGCUGGCGGUACUACACCCUGCAGGGUGCCAGGCUGCCCUGCCCCCUGCCGGCCCCCGAGGGCCUGCAGCAGUGGCUGGAAGUGGAGCAGUUCGUGAAGAGCCUGUGGCAGUGGCAUGAGGCAGACGUGAACAUCGAGGGGGACAUCGUGCCCGCCAAGGUUCUCCAGGUGUUCCGGAAACUGGUGGAAAAUGCAAUUAGAACCUGUCACCUCUCAGGUAAGGUGAGCAUGCUAGCAAACCGCGCUGCAGUUUGGGUUGCCGUGGAAACAUCCGGAGGUCAGGUGGAGCUAGAGCUGGCCCCCGCGGUGGAGAUCCCCACCACCUGGUCGCAGAAAGCCCGGUGGCCUCGAUGUCUGCAGCGCUGGCCUUCCCCAGAGAGGGUGAAGUGCAUCAAGUCAUUUGGGUUUAACCUGCUGGCCCGUUCGAAUUACCACUGGGAGCUGAGCUUCCUGCAGGCCGAGCAGGUGCUGCUGGAGCAGCUGGACGAGGACGGGGGCUGCCGCAGGAAGUGCCUCCAGGUCAUGAGGCAGCUGAAGGAGGACGUCUGGUGCCCAGGGAAGAGGCCCGUCCUCACGUCCCACCACCUGCAGACGGUGCUCUUUUGGACCUGUGAGAAAUACCCGCACUUUAAAGACUGGCAGGUCUUCAGCAAAGCAUUCCUGCGCCUGGUGAGGAAGUUGCACAAGUGUGUGAGCCAGCACUUUCUGAAACACUAUUUCGUCCGAAACAGUAACCUCCUUCGGUGCGCGAACUCGGGCGAACUGGACGCAGUGGCCCAAAAGCUGGCCUUCUUCCUGAAGAACCCCCAGAUCAGCCUGCCCUGAGUGCUGCCCUGGCCUGGGUAGCCCUUGCACAUUUCAUUCAGGCUUGACCUCAUUUUCUGGAUGGUUCCUAAGCCAGGUGCCAGGAUCCUGCCCAGGAGAGCGGAAGCACAUGCACAGGAAAUCACGUCCGAGCAGCAGCACUUAAGAGGGGAAGCUGUGCCCACGAUGUCUGACCCAGGCCUCCCUGGAGCCAAGCGAGCAUUUCAGCCCUAGCUACCUCUCUUGGGGACACCUGUCAUCAAACUUCCCCAAGCUGCAGAUUCCGAACUGAUGACAGUUCUGAAUUUAUUUUCCCUUGCUCAGGCUCGAGCGUCUGACAGGGAGGAUGGAGACAGAAUCCCUGGAAGGCUAGACAUUAGCCUGCUGCCCAGGAGUGCUCUCCAGCUCACUGGACAUGGGCUCACCAUGCCUCCCACGGAGCAGGCUGUGAGCCUAUGGCACUGUGCUGGUGCCUUUCCAAGGGAUGGCCUUGGAUCAACACUAGGUGUCGCUGGCUGGCUGGGUGGCUGGUGAUUGCGUGGGCCAGCGCCUGCAGCACUGAUGGAGUGAUUGCACCUGGUGUGUAAGCGCAGGUGCUUCCUGCAGCCCUGCAGCUUUCCUGGGCCGUGGGUCGUCGGCUUCCUGGUGUUCUCUGAGCAGAGAAGGAAUGAUUUUGAUGGUAAGAGUAAGUCAGAGAUGACAGCGCAGAUCUGUCUGCCGCCUGAACCCAGCCACAGCCCUCUCUUUGCUUCCCAUGCCAUGGCGGGACUUCCUGAUAUUUAUGCAAGGAACUCAGUACUGUGGUCUGCGUGGAAUGACCUUGGCGUGGCUCAUCUCCCAAUACAUUCCUUUACCCGCUUCAUUCACUCACUCAUUCAUUGGUAAAUAAAUGUUCAUUCGGGCACUUGGAAUACGGCAAAGAUGGACAAAGACUUCCCAUGGUGGGGAUAACACCCAAUGGUGGAGACGAGCAAUGAACAGCAGAUUUGUAAACAUGAUGUUACAGGUGGAAGAGAAUGCUCUGAAAGAAACAAUGUUGAAAUAGAGUCACAGAAAGGUCCAGGCAGGAUGAAAAUGCAAACAGUUAAAAGGGAAGGAAAGGUGACCGAGGGCAGGCCUGGAGGGGCUGGCAGGAGUCGGGUCACUUGGCCUUGUAAAGCCCGUGAGGAAUCAGUAUUUUAUUCUAAGAUCAAAGGUGUGACAUUUGGCCUCUCCUGAAGCAGAGGGGUAUCAUGGUCUGACUUGCAUUUUAAAUGAACGUUCUUAUAACUGCAUAAAGAGCGUUGGGGCUCACACGAGAGCCAGGGGCACUGCAGUCCCUGGAGCCUCCCAUCUGCAAUCCCGCCCAGCCCCAGAAAGCAACGCAUCCUGUGCAGCACAAGUGACCAGGAACUCCCAGAGGUCCUGGUGACACCUUGGUUUCUUCUGGCAUUUUCUUAACUGCUUCUCAACUCAAGGGGCUCCUUUAUGACUUUUGAAUAUUUCCCCCCAAAUGUAUAUAACAAAGUGAAAUUUCUAAAGCAUGAACUACUGAUUUUGUUUUGAUGGAAAUCCACAUUUGGAAAUGAAAAUAAUUAUUUUUCAAAACUACUGUCACCGAAUGGUGGGGGCCCUAGGUUAUCACAUAGGAAAUCACCGUUUUAAAAUGUUAGGGGGGGAAAAAGGUCUUUCCAAACAUACAAUAAUGAACAAACUAGUGUUUUGUUAAAUCAUCAAAAAACUUGCAUUCUCAUUCUCAUAUUCUUGUAUCUUGGGAAACAUCAUUUUUGAGAGGGUGGCAAAUGUUUUUUUUUUUUUCUUUUUAUGAUGAAAACAUCUUUUGUUUUCAAC